GUCAGAUAAGGUUAGCUCAGUCUGCUCUUCGUCUCAGUCCAAGGGUUACCACGCGGUGCGGUGCCGUUCAAGGGGAGCUCCUGGUGCCCCAGCUGGAGAAAGUGGUCGCUUAUUUAUGGAGAUAAUCUUGCUGAUUAAUUAAGAAUCCCAAAAUGGCUGAGUCACCGACGGAGCCCCUCAACCCUCCCGCCGAAGUUCCCGCCAAAACUGAGAGUCCUGCGCAGCGCCGCGCUCGGUUGCUGCGGCAGGGCGGGAAAGUGUUCUUGGCGAGCCUCGGCUGCUGGGUGAUGGGUUCGAUGUUCACGUUCCCUUCCGUCGUGGCGACUGACCUCCUGCACAGCAACACCACCAUCUACGGGACGCCCAUUUCCUUCGGGAAUUCGCUCGACAUGCUGGGCAGUCUCGUCCAGCUGGGGUCUCUGCCGGGGGCGUGGGCGGUGGCGGGGCUGGCGGUCGUCCUGGGGCGGAGGUACAGCAUGAUGAUCUCCGGCUCUGUGGCCUUCCUGGCGUGGCUGGGCGUCGGGCUCUCCCCCAGCAGCGUGGGCGUGUUGGUGUCCAGAGCGGUGUCGGGCAUGGCCAUGGGCGGACUCACGGUGGUCGUCAACAUCUACGCCAUUGAGCUCGCGGAUCCUGACGUCAGGGGCAUGAUGGGCAUGAUGCUUAACCUGGGCAUCAUGGCAGGCCAGCUGGUGACCGUGUCCGUGGGGUACGACACCAGGUAUUUCGUGGUGGCUCUCGUCGACGCCCUCAUCCCUGCCAUCUUCUUCCUGGCGUUGAUAUGGUUACCCGAGAGUCCUUCCUUCCUCGUUCUUAAGGGACGCGACGAGGAAGCCCGGAAGGUCAUCCGACAGCUCCGCGGCGAACACAUCAACGUGAACGAGGAGAUCCAGAACUACCGGGCGAUGAACGAGGGGCGGGAAGGGCGGUCCAUGUGGCGAGGACUCGUGCAGCCGCGCGUCCUCAAGAACCUGGGGAUCGUGUCCAUGCUCUUCGUCAUCGUCUUCUUCUCAGGUUUCUUCAUCGUCAACGCCAAUGCUUCGAGAAUGUUCAAAGCCGCGGGUUCUACCAUCGACGCGAAUUUAGCGGCCAUUAUCAUCAACAUCGUGCAGCUAAUAGGCGGGUUCAUUGGGUUCUUAUUUGCGGACAAACUGGGUAGGAAAGGGCUGUUAUACACAGGCCUAUCGCUCAUGUUCAUAUCCCUGACUGGCCUGGCGACGUAUGUUGGUCUCACAGAGUCUGACAGUGGCGACGGCUUUUCCGAGAAGCAGACAGACGACCUGCUGGGAAACGCGACCGCCACGCUAUCUACCUCUGCCUUCCCCAAUGAACAGACAGACGACCUGAUUGACAGCUCAGUCGUCCCCAAACACGGAUGGAUUCCUCUUGCGUGCCUCAUCGUAUGUCAGUUCGGGGCUGCGUUCGGCGUCAAUGCGAUCCCCUUCAUCCUCAGCACAGAGUACUUUCCUACGUGGAUCAGGGCGCAGGCUAGUGGAAUCUGCUUCUCGGUCUACACAGCUGCCUCCUUCUCUGCCCUGCAGCUGUACACGCCCAUGAGGGAAGGACUCACACAGGCAGGCCUCUACGGCUUCUACGCCUGCGUGUCCGCCGUGGGAAUCCCUUUCACCUACUUCUUUAUUACCGAAACCUCAGGCCAACAAGUGGGAUAGGGUUUCACACACACACACACACACACACACACACACACACACACACACACACACACACACACACACACACACACACACACACACACACACACACACACACUGUUGUAUGAUACAGGAUGCAUUUUGUUAUAUCCUACUCAGUGAGAGCAUUUCUUAUUUUUGUGGGAAAGGGAAUGAUAUUAAUAUAUUAUGAUUUGCGGGACAUAUAUAGAUUAGUCAAUGAAAAUAGAAUUGACUAUUCGUAAUGAAGAAUUGCGUAAUAUUUUAGUAUAAAACGUGGAGAUAUUUGAUUAUAAUGAUCAUAGGAGCUUUCUUGUUAACUGUUAGAAAUUUAUUUACUGUACACAUACAUGUGGCGGUAGAAGCAAUGGAGAGAGUGCGUGAUGUCUAUUGGUUGUGAAAAGAAAUGGGGGAAAAAUCACUUGAACACAUUGAUGAAGGCUUUGAGAUCUUGUACACUUGAAGUAAUUAUUAAUUAUGAAAUGCCAGAAAACCAAACAGUCAACUAUCAUGGAAGUUAACACAAUAAUUAAAAUUGCUGUUAUAAUAUGGAUAUCAAAACUGAAUCUAAAACUAUUUUCGAAAAAACUGGGAACUACGUUGAGCAAUGAAAGUUUCAAAUAUCUUAUGCUUAUAUAUAUAUUUUUUUUCUGGUGUCCACUCUCUUCUAAGCUCACAGUGUUGCCAACGCCCGAAUCACCAGUUCCUACAGUUUCACCCAAAACACGCCUUUAUUUUACACUGUGUUAUAAUUGGUAUAGCUGUGUAAUGAACGAACAUGCAUUACGUGGGCGGAUUAAAUAAUUCGUAAAGUGUAAAUGAUAAGCAAUUCACGUAAAAAACUCAUGAAUAAAGAACGCUAGCCAGUGACAUAGUGCAAUAUACAUUUAUUUUGUUGUACAUUUUGGAGAGAGAGAGAGAGAGAGAGAGAGAAAACAGUGAUCUCAGACUUCUACAACAAAAUUAAUUCAAACCAAGAUGCGACACAUAUCAGAAUUUGUUAUCUGGUACAAUGCAAUAAUUUUUUAUAUUUGACACAUAAUAAAACUCUUUUGUAGUA